GAUACUGUCCGAAGUCGUCCUGUUGUAAACAACAUUUUUAUUAUUAUUUCUGAAACAAUAUUUGAAAUUAUCGUAUUGCAGUAAUGUAUAUCUUUGAUUUGUUAGUUGUCAGGGUUAUUUUUUAUAUUUGCUUAUGGAAAACAUCGCUUAGUCAGAUUAUUUAUUCCGUCAACGAGGAGGUGAACAAGGGAACAGUUGUUGGAAAUAUCGCCAAAGACCUCAAGAUCGGCGUUAAUGAACUCGAGACGCGUACGUUUCAGAUUGUGUCUGGAUCUAACAAGAAGUAUUUUGACGUUAAUUUGAAAACAGGUGCGCUGUUUGUGAACGAUAGAAUCGACCGCGAGGAGUUUUGCGAGCGCAGUCAAAGAUGCGUUGUGAAUGUAGAGGCCCUCGCUCAAAACCCGCACAGUCUCUAUCGGAUUGAAGUAAACAUUUUGGAUGUGAAUGAUCAUGCUCCGCAUUUUCGGCAUGGCUCUCUAGUUAUUAAUAUUACUGAAGACGCAAGCACAGGUGACAGGUUUCAUCUACCAGUGGCUGAUGAUGCCGAUGUUGGCAGUAAUUCUCUGAAAGACUACAGACUCAGUACCAAUGAAUACUUUUCUGUUGAUGUGCACAGUGGACACGAGAGUGUGUCGGCUGAGUUUGUCCUACAAAAAGGCUUGGACAGAGAGAAACAAUCAGUCAUUAAUCUAGUUCUUACUGCUCUAGAUGGAGGAAAACCUCCAAAAUCAGGAACAUUACAGAUUACCAUAAAUGUCAUGGAUGUAAAUGAUAAUAAGCCUGUUUUUAGUAAAUCUCUAUACAAAGUGAAAAUUAAGGAAAAUGUUUCAGUAGGCACUAAAAUAAUGUCUCUUACAGCCACAGAUUUAGAUGAAGGCACAAACAGUAAAAUUAUUUAUUCAUUUAUCGAACGUGGGAAUGAAAAAAGAGAUGGUUUAUUCGCUGUCAUUCCUGAAACAGGAGAGAUUGUAGUGAAAGGCCAGAUAGAUUAUGAAGAAACUCCUGCUAUUGAAUUGAGAGUUCAGGCACAAGACAAAGGCAGUCCUCCUAAGAGCGCCCAGUGCAAAGUUUUAGUAGAAGUACUAGAUGAGAAUGACAACGCUCCAGAGAUUAUAGUGACUCCACUUCUGGACAGAGUGAAGGAAGAUGCCAAACGUGGAGCUGCUGUUGCUUUAGUUAAAGUCUCUGAUAGAGAUGGUGGCCAAAAUGGCAUUGUUCAUUGUUCUGUUAAAGGUUCUUUUCCUUUUAAACUGGAGUCCUCGUAUAGCAACCAUUACUCUCUAGUGGUAGAUGGACCGCUGGACAGAGAGAGCAUUUCUGAAUAUAUCAUCACUAUUUCGGCUAGUGAUGAAGGAACUCCACCCCUUUCUAGUGACAGUGUGCUGACUGUUCAGGUCUCUGAUGUUAAUGAUAAUGCACCACUGUUUACAGCACCCAUAACUGUUGCUUAUCUAAAAGAGAAUGGUCAAGUUGGGAGUCAUGUGACAAAAAUGGUGGCAAAUGAUCCAGAUGAUGGAGUGAAUGCUGAACUUUCAUACUCAAUUGUAGAGACCACCAACAUGGACAUUCCCAUAUCAACAAUGUUUCAUAUUAACUCUAUAAAUGGUGAAAUAGUAACUCUGCAGUCAUUUAAUUAUGAGGCAGCAAAAAGAUUUGAGUUCCAGGUUCAGGCCACUGACUCUGGCAUUCCCCCUCUGAGUGCUAAUGUGACUGUUAAUGUGUUUAUCCUGGAUGAGAAUGAUAACAGUCCAGUUAUUCUACCACCAUAUUCUGAACCCGGAUCUGUUAACACUGAGAACAUUCCCUACUCUGCUGAAGUGGGUUACUUUGUGGCUAAAAUCAGAGCUGUAGAUGCUGAUUCUGGUUAUAAUGCAUUGCUGUCUUACCAUAUAACUGAACCUAAGGGAACUAAUCUCUUCCGCAUUGGAACCAGCACUGGAGAAAUAAGGACCAAAAGACGAAUGAGUGACAAUGACUUAAAGACUCAUCCGCUUGUUAUAACGGUGACUGACCAUGGAGAACCAUCUCUGUCAGCGACCGUCUCUAUGGACGUGGUGGUGACUGAACGUCUGGACACUGUGCAGCCCUCCCUAAGACACGUGCCAGUUAAAGAGGAGGGAUUUUCUGAUCUGAAUCUGUAUCUGCUCAUCGCUAUUGUCUCAGUAUCAGUGAUAUUUUUACUGAGUCUCAUUGGUUUGAUAGCAGCUAAAUGCUAUGGGUCGGACGGCAAUUUCAGUGAGUACAGCCCUCCAGUGGUCACUACACACCCUGAUGGGAGCUGGUCUUACUCUAAAUCCACUCAGCAGUAUGACGUGUGUUUUAGCUCAGACACACUGAAGAGUGACGUAGUGGUUUUCCCGUCGCCGUUUCCGCCUGCAGAUGCAGAACUGAUCAGCAUUAAUGAAGGAGACACUUUUACUCGCACACAAACUCUUCCAAGUACCACAAAGAUUUCCUACUCCAUCUCAGAGGAAGUGAAAAAGGGAACCGUCGUUGGGAAUAUAGCAAAGGACCUCAACAUCGACGUUCAGGAACUGCAAUCGCGUAUGUUCCAAAUUGUGGCGGGAUCUAACAAAUAUUUUGGCGUAAGUCUGAAAACUGGCACUCUGUUUGUUAACGACAGAAUCGACAGGGAAGAUCUGUGUGCAAGUAGUCAGAAAUGUUCCUUAAACAUCGAAGCGAUGGCAAACAAUCCUUUGAUGCCCUAUCGUAUCGAAGUAAAUAUUAUAGACAUUAACGACAACUCUCCUGUUUUCACUAGUCAGAUACUCGUAUUGAAUAUCACUGAAAACGUUCUAGCAGGAGACAAAUUUUCUCUUCCCUUGGCCCAUGACAUGGAUGUGGGCAUAAACGCAGUAAAGAGCUACAAGCUGAGUCCGAAUGGAUAUUUUUCACUAGAUAUACAGACCAGCGGACACAGUGUAUCAGCUGAACUGGUUCUGCAAAAAGCAUUAGAUCGAGAAAAACAAUCCGUGAUUAAACUCACCCUGACCGCUGUAGAUGGUGGUAAACCCCCAAAAUCUGGGACUUUAGAAAUCUUAGUUAAUGUGCUGGAUAUUAAUGACAAUAACCCGGUGUUUACGAAAUCUCUCUACAAAGUUAAGGUCCAAGAGAAUGCACCAACUGGAAGUAAAAUCCUGACAGUCACAGCUACGGACUCUGAUGAGGGUCUAAACAGUGAAGUCGUAUACUCUAUUGUAGGCCACGAGAGAAACGCAGUGGUAAAUUUAUUUUCUAUAAACCCGAUCUCAGGGGAUAUCACAGUGAAAGGGAACAUUGACUAUGAGGAAAAUCCAGCUAUUGAGCUGAGAGUUCAGGCUCAGGACAAGAGCUUCUCUCCAAGACAUUCUAAUUGUAAAGUGCUGAUUGAAGUUGUGGAUGUGAAUGACAAUACACCGGAGAUAUCGGUUACUCUGCUUAUGAGCUCGGUAAGCGAGAACAUCAAACCUGGCACGGGUUUUGCUUUGAUUACAGUUUCAGAUAAAGAUGGUGGUGAAAAUGGCGAAGUAGGCUGUAGACUAACAGAGCCGAGCCCAUUUAAGCUACAGUCGUCGUACAGGAACUCUUAUUCGCUUGUUGUCAGUGAGCCAUUGGAUCGAGAGCAGGCAUCCCAGUAUAACAUCACAAUUAUCGCUAUUGACAAGGGGACUUCACCACUUUCUAGCUCGACGGUUUUACAGGUUCAUCUUUCCGAUGUGAACGACAACGCGCCACUAUUUCCAGGACCAGUAAUAAACAUUAACGUAAAUGAAAAUAGUCCAGCUGGAGCCUUGAUAUAUGCUGUAACUGCGCAAGAUCUAGAUGACGGCGAUAAUGCACACAUUUCCUAUUCUUUUGUUGAUGCUGACAUCACUAUGCCUAUAUCAACUUUAAUGAACAUAAAUUCACUUACAGGCGAAUUAUACUGUCUACAGUCUUUCAAUUACGAAGAAACAAAACAGAUUCAAUUAAAAAUUCAAGCAACUGACUCUGGCGUUCCUGCUUUAAGCAGUAAUGUGACAGUAAAUGUUUUUAUCCUGGAUGAAAACGACAACAGUCCCGUGAUUUUGGCGCCUUACUCUGAACCCGGAUCUGUUAACACUGAGAACAUUCCCUACUCUGCUGAAGUGGGUUACUUUGUGGCUAAAAUCAGAGCUGUAGAUGCUGAUUCUGGUUAUAAUGCAUUGCUGUCUUACCAUAUAACUGAACCUAAGGGAACUAAUCUCUUCCGCAUUGGAACCAGCACUGGAGAAAUAAGGACCAAAAGACGAAUGAGUGACAAUGACUUAAAGACUCAUCCACUUGUUAUAACGGUGACUGACCAUGGAGAACCAUCUCUGUCAGCGACCGUCUCUAUGGACGUGGUGGUGACUGAACGUCUGGACACUGUGCAGCCCUCCCUAAGACACGUGCCAGUUAAAGAGGAGGGAUUUUCUGAUCUGAAUCUGUAUCUGCUCAUCGCUAUUGUCUCAGUAUCAGUGAUAUUUUUAUUGAGCCUCAUUGGUUUAAUAGCAGCUAAAUGCUACAGGACUGACGGCAGUUUCAGCGGGUACAGCGCUCCAGUGGUCACUACACACCCUGACGGGAGCUGGUCUUACUCUAAAUCCACUCAGCAGUAUGACGUGUGUUUUAGCUCAGACACACUGAAGAGUGACGUAGUGGUUUUCCCAUCGCCGUUUCCGCCUGCAGACGCAGAACUGAUCAGUAUUAACGAAGGAGACACUUUUACUCGGACACAAACUCUUCCUAGUACUGGGAAGGUAAGAUGA